GCCUCAGCUGUGUGUUCACUGUGCGAGAGUCGCUAGCUGACGGAACGCUUUGUUGUGGCACCUACUGACGCUGUUUUUCGAGUACUAAAUGCAUUGCAAGUCCUCCUGCUGACCAGUGCCGACUGCUGCCUUCGCUAGGAACAUCAUUUUGACAAGGGUAGAGCUCUUAAAAGUCAUCAAAUACAUUGUGCAUCCUGAGUCAUGUUGAGCGGCAUUGCUAGCUAUUUUCUCAAUGCCCCGCCUACUCCAACACCUGAAGAUGAUGUCAACUACCGAACCAUGGAGGCUGAAGAUGACUGGUUGCUUGUUGAUGUCACAGAUGAGGAUAGUCCACUAUUGGAAGCACCAUGUGAGCGACCACGCAGCCUUCCCACUACCUUGCACGUGGCUGUGGUGGACUCUUCUCAGGAGGCUACACCACCAUCGAGUCCCUGUCCUAUGGACGGAAGUUGGUAUGUGACACCUCCGCCGUGCUUUGUGGCACGGCGGCCAGUGCACUUGGAGACGUCCCCUCUGGAGAACCUACUCAUUGAGCACCCAAGCAUGAGUGUGUAUGGACCACCAUGUCUGCGGGGUGCACCACUGACUCCCCCGCCUUCCCCACCACCCAGCACUGCCGUCCCGGCCAGCCGCGCUCUGCCUGGUCCCAGGCCGGCCGCAUUGGCUGCUAGAGUGGGUUGGCUGGAGCAACUACGACCAAGUCAGCGUAGCCAAGUGCAGCGAGAACAGCGACAAUUGGGUCGAGGCCAACUGGAGCGGCAGAACCGCACAGUGCAAACUGGCAACCGACACCCCAAACGUCGUGAUCGCACUGCCGCACGCCGCUCAGGAGCGAACAACAACCGCAAGUGCUAACUUGUCAUUACUACUACAAAGAGACUCUGCUUUUGGCACUUGCACAAACGGAGGAAGAAAACAAGAGGACAAAUGUGGUGGGGACUGGUGGGGCUUACGAAAUCUACUGUUACUUCACUGGCUUGCCUAAAAAGACGAAGAAAAAGUGAAAUGUUGUGGCCGGGAGCAGGCUUUGUGCAUGUCACAGGCUCUAUGCACACAGUGCAGAUUCACAUUUGUACUAUUUUGGAAAUCUUAAUUUUAAAGUGAGCAGAUGGAUUGAUCUGCCUGUGUAAGAAAGAAAAAUAAUUUUUAAAAACUUAAGGAAAGUAUGUUUGACUGAAAUUUUUACUAAGGAAACAGCACAGCAUUUAAACACUGCUUGAAAACAGAAGCUAACACUCUCCUAAAAGCAUUCAUGUCAGAAGUGCCAGUGACCAGUUUCAUGAAUUUGAGACAUUUGAUGAGCCCCAGAGGAUUUUCUUGUUUUUUGGAACUACUGUGAUUGUAAACGGAAGUCUGACUAUCAUUACUGUAGUGACAUCUCCCAUAGUUGAAACAGGUUGGCACCAUAUCACAGAAAGAAAUCUGUUCUAUGUUUACAAACAUGAACCACUGUGUUGGGCAAUGGUUCAUGUCAGAAAAAGCUCUUAUUACAUUUACUUAACAUGAUUCGUGUUCAGGGCCAACUACACAUAGUGCUCAGAUAUGUGCAGAGAAAGAUAAUUACUGUAGUUAUCACACGGGAAACUACAGUAGCUACUUUUACUCAGCUGAAGAAAAACUCUAUAAGCAGAACAAUUCACUACAGUAGCAAGUGUGUAGCAUUGUUUUUAGGCUUGUGCAAAUAGUGAAUUUUAGGUCCGAAGUGAAUUCAAAGUGAAUAGUGAUUUUGGUUGAAUAAUUUCAAAUCAAAUUCGAACAGAUAUAUGACAUAUAAAAAAAAUGGGUAUAUUAUCAUGAGCUAACUAACCUUCACAAUAUGUUUGAAAAAUUGAAAUAAGGCGUCUAUGCAAAUGUCUUUUUUUUUCCUUCAUAAAAAGUCGAAACAACUUUGAGUGGUAGCAGGAUUUUACUUUCAAUAGGAUACGAGUAAUUACCUGUAAAAUACAUAACAUUUUAAAAUUUAUACCUAGGGUAUAUAAGCCGUCAUAACAAUCUUUUUAAGCUUAAAAAAUGAUGAAUCGAUUUGACAAUAAUAUUUCAUUUAAAGGAACCCCGCAACACUUUUUCAAGAAGCCAUGGAAUGGACUCACUAAAGAAGCUAUGCCUCAUGAAUUCAUUGUAAAUAUUUUUAGAAUCCGUCCAGUAUGAGCAGAGUUGCAAAGAUUUGUAGCACGCUGCAAUUGCAUUUUGUCCUCUCGUCCCGGUGAAAGCACUGGAAGCUAAGCAAGAAUGGAUGGCACGGGGAAAGAAGAUACAUCACGUACCUCGUGAUCUUGAGCACUUUUUCUUUCUUUUUUUUUUUUUUUUCCGAAUACACGGCUUCUAAGUGCGAUUGCCAAGUGGCGGCUUCCCACGAUGGCUCCAGUAAGAAUAGAGCGCGCCGUGCUCAAAUCAACCAAUGGCCGAUACAACGGAUGGGACAAAUGAUUUAUGAGCUUGUGGCGUCAUUUACCGAGAGAAGAGAGCCAUCUUUAGCUGACUUCGAUUAUUUAUCGUGAAUUGCAGGCCACGUGCUUUGCUAUAAUAGUUGGUUCGCGUGUUCUUGGUGGCCUCAACCACCGAUCGGCAGCGUUUACUGACCAAGCUCAAAAAGUGUUGCAGGGCCCCUUUAAAUGUGAAGUGAAGCUUCACUGCAGAGUGAUUUUUUUUAUUAUGUGUUUUUACUGUUUAGCAUUCUUACACUGCAGUGAAACCACCUUUACAAGUGGUUACAUGCGGAAUUAUAUACACCUAUUCGUUCAUUGCGAAUACUUCAAAAUUUUCGAUAAUUUAAAUUCGAAAUGAAGCAAAAUCAAAUACUCUACUAUUGUUCAAAUAUUCAAAGCAUUAGAAUAUUUACACAAGCCUAAUUGUUUUAAAUACGUAGUGUAUCUAAAGUAGGGUGCAGUAUGCUGUUUUAUUGGGAGACGCACACAGAUAUUUGUUUGCUCCUAUUGUGAAACUGGUGUUAUUUUGUCAUUUGUAUUUGUGUAGUUUCUUGUGUCAUAUAGUGUUUAAAGACAUACUUUUUGUGAAUAUUUUUACAGCGGUUUUUUUAAACUAGUGAUACAAACAUUUUUUUAAUUAGAUUUUUUGCUGUAAAGUGUUCUUGAUAUAGAAUUUUGUCUCCAAAAUUUUAGUUAUUUCUUUUUCAAAAUCUGUUAAUUAUGAACAUUUAAUUCCAGCCCAUUCUGUUAAAAUUGUUCUUUGUGACAACUUUAUAUUAGACAUGAUGUAAAUGUGCAUUGAUGUGCAUAGAUGCAAAGCUCCAUAAUAUAACAAUAUUACUUCAGCAAAGGACUUGCGCACAUAUUUCGGUGCCAAUGCAUACUGCAACAUGAAAAAACUGCACUUUUAUGUCUCUUGGUAUGAUGAAAUGAUUUUGAAGAAUUCACACUUCUUGCCAUUUUGUUCAAAUUUUGCUAUCAUUUAUCAUCUGAAAACAGGAUAUCUGAGCGCAAGUUUUCUUCAAAGUAGAAAAAAAAUGUGAAGUUACACUUGUUAAGAGCUACUAUCUUUUGUAAGCACCCUUCCCAUAUUUAAUUUGCAUUUGUCUUCAGACUACCUUGCUGUUCUUUACAUAAAGAUUUGCAAGAGUAUCAUAUGCAACUGCAAGUAACACAUGGAAGCAAAGAUCUCAGCAGGUAUUUUUUUUUCCAGUUUUGUCAGUCUUGUUGUCUCCUCCUUGAUUCGUUGACCUCAUGUAUAGCAUAAAUCUUGAUACUGGUUACUUAAAGCUCUGCUAAAAAGUUAUGCACUCCUGCAUUUCAAAAAGUAACUGAGGACAGUGUGCUUAUGUUAAAGUCACAUUUUUUCAUUGUGCACCACUCUAGUGCAAAUAAAUUCAAAUGAAUCUAAAGCAUCUGUGAGGCAGUGUCUCAAACAUUGGACCUGUAGAGACAAGAAUCUGUACAUAUAUAAAUACCGAGAAAAACUGAUACUCUCACUGUAUAUAUAACGAGCUUUUUAUCAUGCCUCGAUGCUAAUCAGGGAGAUUGAAUUCUGCCAUUGUUGCAGUCUUCCCAUCUGCCCUAUUGUUAAGAGUAUAUAUGGUGACUGGAUCACCUGGGCUGCUACAGAGACGGCAAAAUAAGUAUCUGUAAGGCACUAAGUCAUCUGAAAGCUGUAAAGACCACAUUGAGAGCCAUCUCACUCUCCUUUUCAGGGGAGCUGUAUAACCAUAGUCUGUUGCUAUUUGCACCAAAAUUUGCUUUGUUUUCUUACUUUAGUUAGUUUGUACAUUCUCUAGGGCACUGAGCCUGUUUUAAUGUAUACAGGUAAAGAACCUAAAUGCAUGAUUUCCCUGCACCCCCAUUUACCUGCCCACAGAAAAGAGAACUCAAAGGUGUAAAAAAAAGUAAAAGAAUAAGCAUGAAAAAAAAAACAACCUAUGUAUCAAUAAAAGCUUGGUAGUGCAUGCUGGUAUGUUGAACUAGCAAGAGAAAAAAAAAAAACUUGGAUGUUUUAGCUUUGUAACCUUGUGCACGUAGGUCGCAAGAAAUACAUAGCUACAAAACAACAAAAAAAGACAUAAAAGCUCAAAAAUGCGUGGCAAAAUAAAAAA